AUUUUUCGCGAAACAAACAUGGCGGAGUUGUCAGGAGUGGAAGUUUUGCAAAGCGAAAUCGAAAAAUCUAAAGACAAACUUAAAUACUACAAUGAAAACUUCAAGAAGCUAACCGGGCGUGAUCCCGGUAGACCAGGACCAAGGCGUAUGCUAAGUGGAGAUGGACAUGACAGAGAUGAAGAAGGCUAUUCUGGCAGAAUGGCUAGAGGUAGAGGCAGACUAUUUGGCUUGGCCAGACGUGGCAUUAUGGAAGAGAGUGGACCUCCAGCUAAGAGAAGAGCUGUUGGUGGAGCAUUCUCUAGGUUAGGUCCAGUGCCAGCGUCUGCACGUAGGAAGGAAAGGGAAGACAGCCCAUAUGAAGAAGAGCUACCCCAUAAGCUGUCUGUACACUCCUCCGUGGUAUCUACCUCUAGAGAAGCCAAAAAUAGACAGGAGAUUAUGCAAGAACAAACAAAAGAUAAAGAAGGGAUGCAGAGGAACAGAAGAAUGUUUGGGCUACUGCUGGGAACACUGAACAGGUUUAAAACUGAAUCUAAAACCUUGGAGACAAAGGAUGUACAGAGAAAAAAAAUUGAGGAGAAACUUGAAGUGAAUGCCGAGAAGGAGAAGAGGAAGUUCAAACAGGAGACCAAACUUCUGAUAGAGGAGCUGCACUUGGAGCAGUCAAAGAUUACCAGGCUGGAACAGAAGAUGGAGAUGGUCCAGGAGCAUGCUGAAAGGGAAGUGGAAAUGGAGAAACUUAAAAACUUCAUCGCUACAAAAUCCAAACCACGCAUCUUCUGGAAACCUGUACAGAUGUCCACGCUGAUGGAAAAUAAAUUGAAGGACUCCAAAAAAGUGGUUGAUGAAAUGUUACAAGAAGGAAAAGACAGGCUUGAAAAAGAGAUAAAAGAGUUGAUGGAGCGAGAAAUCAAACGAGAAGAGAGGAUUAAGAUGAGGCUGCGGGAGGAUGGUCUUUUUGGUGAUGAGGAGGAGAUAGAGGGGCAAGAGGGGGGUGCUGGAGUCAAGGAAGGGGGUGGUGGGGUGGUAGCUGAGGAGGUUAAACAAGAGCUGGAUCAGAGCAGGUUGAGUAAGGAGGCGGAGGAGGCUCACUCGGAGGAGGAAGAGGAGGAAGAUGAUUCGAAGGAGAUAAAGAAAAAGUCUAGGAGGACGGUGGUUGUUGAGAAGGAUGGGGGGAGCAGUAGUGCAAGUAGUGGGGAGGAAGAUAGUGGGGGGAAGGAGGUAACGCAGGUGGCGGAUGCUAAAAGAAAAAUAUUGGUUAAGGUAGAGGAGAAUGGGAAUGAAAGUAGUUCUAGUUCAGACGAAGAGGAGGGGGGUAAGAAAGUAGAAAAAGAGGGACAUAGUUUGAGUAAAGAGGUGGAGAGGGAGGUUGUGGUUAGGGGUGUGGUGCCAGAGCCAGAGGCACAUGUAGCGUUAAGUAAAUCUAAGGGGGAUAGUGAUGAUGAAGAGAAAGACAAAGAGAAGGAUAAACAAGAGGAGAGAGAGUUGAGGAGAGAGAAGAGGAGAGAGGCAAGUGAAGAUACAGAUAAGAGGAGGCACAGGCGAGAGGAGGGUAGAAAGAGGAGGGAUUCUAAAGAGAGAGAGCGAUCAGAUCGCGAGAGGUUUAAAAGAGAUAGAAGGGAGGAUAGGAGGGGUAAAGAAAGGAGCUAUGAAGUAGAUAAGAGGCGUCGUAGCCGAGAGAAAAGGCAAGACAGUAGCAGUGAGAGCGAGGUGGAGAUAAAAAAAGAGAAGAAAGAUGACAGAGAGGGUAAGGUGAAGAAGAUUAAAGAUAGACACUCGGAUAGGAAAUCUGGGGAGGACAGAGUCAGGGAGGAGAGUGAGUUAAAGAGUAAGCAUUCAGCAAAGGGGGAGGUUGAAUCAGGGGAGGACACAGAUUAAAAAAUAUUUUUUUCGCUGGUUAAAUUAUUUUUCUUCCAUGGUCUUAACUAGCAAUGUUGUGUUAUUAUGAAAUUAUCAAAUGUAAAUAGUUAAUUGAUUGAACAAUUUGUAUUGUAUGGUUUUUGUUUUGUUAGUUUGAUACCUAUUAUGACAUUUGGGUAUACACUGUUAAGGUGGAGCAGUGUGCAAACUUCUUUUGGCUGGUUGCUCAACAUCUUUUACACUACUUCCAUAAUCUAAAUUGUAAUUCCUAACAUAAGUUGAGGAUUAGGAAAAAUAGUAAUGUUGAAAGUUUUAAAUUUUUUUGAAGAAAUUAGCUAAGGAAGUUGUACACUGUCUCCACAGACUAAUGUUGAUUCCACAGCCACACUUCUAUUUAGGUCCUGCUGUAUCAUGGUUAUCUAUCUGUAUCUAAACUCCUUCAGUUAUCUCCCAUGUCAUGUUUCAACCACAUCUAACGCCCUUCACUGGUUAUCUCCCAUGGCAUAUUUUUACAACCACAACUGAACUGCUGUUGAUGUUUCUCUGUUGUUGCAUUCUUCUCCAGACCAGUGACCUAUCAUCUUUUAAAUCCUCAGCUUCUCUUCCUUUAAAAAGCUAUUUGGGUGGUUUGUGUUUUUCUCUGACCAUUUAUUUUUACUCCAGGCAUAUUUUCAGGGCACUUGGAUUAUGGUAAGUAUACGCACAAUUCAAUGUCAAGCUAAACAUUUGUUCUUUCAAUAGCUAGAUCUAAUAGCUAUUCAUUUUUCAGAAAAAGAUUUAAUUUUAAAUUUUCUAUCUUUACACAUUUUUAAAAGAUUGUAUGGUUAGCAAAAAGCUUCUUUAGAUUAGUUAUGCUCGUUUACAUGUUAAUUGUUUAAUAUAGUGUUAAAGCAAUUUGAAUGAGACUACCUGGAAUAAAAUGUUUAUAUCUAGAAUUAUUUGAAGGCCGUAAGGCUUAAAUAUCUUACUCUGUUGUAAGUGUUAAGUAUACCUUGUUUGUUAUUUAAAUAAAUUUAUUGUUAUUUCAUG